AUGGCAGAAUUCAUGCAUGAGAGUAUAGAAGAACAGGAAGGAAAUUUGCAAGAGGAAGAAUUGGAAUUUGCACCAGCAGCACUAGAUGAUUCUUUCCCAGAAGUGGAGGAUCCUUUGCAAGAAAUAAACCUAGGAACAAAAGAGGAUCCUAGACCUACUUUCAUCAGCACAUUACUAGAAGAGUCAUUGAAGGAUGAAAUCAUUACACUUCUGCAUGAUUUCAAAGACUGUUUCGCAUGGCACUACCAUGAAAUGCCUGGACUGGUGGAGCACAAGUUGCCAAUAAAAGAAGGAUACCUGCCAGUCAAGCAGGCCAGAAGAAGGAUGUCUAUGGAGACAUAA